AUGAGGCAGGAUGUAGAAGAUUCGAUAAGCUACUGUUUUGAUUUACAACAAAUCCAACCGUUGCCAAAAGCACCGGUACAGGAGGCAUACUAUUUGAGACAAAUUGGAUUUUACAACUUUUGUAUAGUCGAUUUAAAAGAACUGAAACCACAGUUUUACUGCUGGUCUGAAGAACAAGCCGGUAAAGGAAGUACAGAAAUAUCAUCUGCUUUGUUACAUUUCCUUCUGAAUACUGAUUUCCAAUCACACACCAUUUUAAGACUGUUUAGUGAUGGAUGUAUCUCUCAAAAUAAAAAUAAUAUUGUAAUACGUACUAUUAUGUACUAUUUGCAAACUACAAGAACAUCUAUUAAGGAAAUUCAUAUGCAUUUUCCAACUCGAGGCCAUUCCUUUUUGCCUGCCGAUAGAGUUUUUGGCAGGGCUGAAAAACUGUUGCGAAACAAGCCCACUAUUAUCGCAAAAGAAGAAUAUAUAGAAAUUUUUAAAGAACUGGGACAGUUGUAUUCAUUAGGACAAGACUGGGAACUCAAAGAUACCAAGGACUUAAAGAAGUUCUACAAAGAUCUAAAAAACAUAAGCAAUAUGAAAAGGAUUUUCUUCAAAGUCAGCGAGGUUAAUGGUAAACGAUCUCUACCUAAUGAAAAAAAGAUGGAUGUAAACAAAUUACUACAGUCUGUUUUUGGAAACUGGCAGGAGAUUGAGGACAUCCGUUUAAACUGGUAUAAAGAAGUUCUUUUCAAUACUCCAACCACUAUUCAGGAAACAAUUGAUGAUAAUGAAAAUGAGUGUGAUUGUCUGAAUAAUGAGAUUUGUAUGAGAAUUUAA